GACUAUUUCUUUAUAAACCGCAAUUCUGGGCCCGCAAUGGCAGUCCACUGCUUUGCUGCAGUCACAGAAUGGAAAUCUGCAGGGGCCUCGGCAGUCACCUAAUCUGUCUCCUCCUCUUCCUGUUCCAUUCAGAGACGGUCGGCCGGCCCUCUGGGAGAAAACCCAGCAAGAUGCAAGCCUUCAGAAUCUGGGAUGUUAACCAGAAGACCUUCUACCUGAGGAACAACCAACUCGUUGCUGGAUACUUGCAAGGACCAAAUGUCAAUUUAGAAGAAAAGAUAGAUGUGGUACCCAUUGAGCCCCAUGCUCUGUUCUUGGGAAUCCAUGGAGGGAAGAUGUGCCUGUCCUGUGUCAAGUCUGGUGAUGAGACCAGACUCCAGCUGGAGGCAGUUAACAUCACUGACCUGAGCAAGAACAGAAAACAGGACAAGCGCUUUGCCUUCGUCCGCUCAGACAGCGGCCCCACCACCAGUUUCGAGUCUGCCGCCUGCCCGGGCUGGUUCCUCUGCACAGCGAUGGAAGCAGACCAGCCCGUCAGCCUCACCAAUAUGCCCGACGAGGGUGUCAUGGUCACCAAAUUCUACUUCCAGGAGGAUGAGUAGUACUGCCCAGGCCUGCCUGUUCCCAUUCUGGCAUGGCAAGGACUGCAGGGACUACCAGUCCCCCUGCCCCAGGGCUCCCGGCUAUGGGGACACUGAGGACCAGCCAUUGAGGGGUGGAUCCUCAGAAGGAGUCACAAGAACCUGGUCACAGGACUCUGCCUCCUCUUCAACUGACCAACCUCCACGCUGCCUCCAGAAUGAUCUUUCUAAUGUGUGAAUCAGAGCACAGCAGCCCCUGCGCAAAGCCCUUCCAUGUCGCCUCUGCAUUCGGGAUCAAACCCCGACCACCUGCCCAGCCUGCUCUCCUCUCCCCACUGCCUCCUCCUCCCUCAUUCCACGUUCCCAUGCCCCAGAUACAUCAGGCCCCUUGAUGACCCCCCACCAAGUGGCUCCCACACCCUGUUUUACAAACAAAUGCCAGUCCCUGAGGAAGGUUUUUAAGAGUUUGUGGAAAAUGAAAAUUAAGGAUUUCCUGAUUUUUUUUUUUUUUUUUAGUCCACAUGAAGGAGAGCACUUCAUUUGGAGAUUACGUUCUUUUGGGAGAGGCUGGGGGCUGAAAAUAUUCCUGCAUUUGUGAAAUGAUGGUGAAAGUAAAUGGUAGCUUUCCCUUUUUUUUUCUUGUUUUUUGUGAUGUCCCAAUUUGUAAAAAUUAAAAGUUAUGGUAUUAUGUU